AUGGCACCACAUAGUCAGCGAGACAUUGGUUUGGAUGUAUUUGACACCUUAUUCAAACCCGAAGCAAUGUCUACUGGAGCUUCGGAAUCACUGCAAACAGAUGCCAUCCUUUCCAGCCAGGAACCAGUACUGGCAGCGUUGAAUUCGAAGAAUCCACCCACCCCGACAAAGUUCGUCCCAUCAACAACAUACAAACCCGCUGUUCUGCAUCCGCCACAUCCUCUCAGCAAGGUAGGACAGAGCGGUCACUGGGUACCAUAUCCUCUUGGUCUCAUGCCGUACGAUUCUUGGUACAAGCUCCAUCAUAGUGAUGGUGGUGACAUCCAGCCGAAACCGGCUCCCAGCUGUCCCGUCUGUGGAGGUAAGCGUGAAAUGACCGCUCACAUGCACAAACUAUUUCUGGUCGCCGAACGGCUUACCUGGGGGGAUGAUCUACUGUCAGUUCACGACAAAGAACUCAACGCGAACUUGAACCUCAAGAUCAACAACGAGCUCGGCAUCUAA